CCUUCCGAUGUUAUCUGUGGUUCCUCCAAUGGAUCGCUUGCUUUGGGGUUAACUCCAAAGCUUGUUCAUGGCACAAGGCGGGAAAAGGAAUAACUUUGCUCCUCGUACAACCUGCGUUUCGCCGCUGUGGAAACAUUCCACCUCGAACAAUGUGGUUACGCUAAGAAUGCGACCAUCUCAAACGGCGUUUACUUCAUUAGAUACCUUUAUGGCAGCUCACAGCCCCCGCCGAUUCUGCGAAGCAAGACAGAAAUACAUUUUAAGUAAGUAUCUAAUCAAAAUUCGCAUUCAACUCUGUCCUGUCACCGUCAAAUGACACAAAAACGCAGACAUGGAAAUGUAAUUUGAACACAAUAGAGACACUUGUCGUCACGAAGUACAACUGAUGGCAUGUUUGUUUUGUUCCACCUAGAACCACUUACUGUAGAGAAGAGAAUGGCGGAUACUGGAUAUGCACCUGUCCAGCAGAAAACAAGGAAUAAUGCAAGGUUAGUAAUUAUUUCUACGGUAGGAGAUUGUGAUUUUUUUUACGACUCCUGAAACUUGCACGAGAUCGCUUAACCAAAGUAUUUUGUUUAGACAUAGUAAGGAUUCUUUUAAGUUCCGCAAAGCAAAGUUUUUUUCUAGAACAUUUGUUGAUUGAAUUUGGUUUUGUUUGUCAUUUCAUCCUUUUUUCUUGAUGGUAAAGCAAGUUUUCGUCAUCGAUCCUUCCUUCGAAACACCAUUUCGAAUUGUACGUGAAAAUUGUUCCGAAGAACCGUGAACCGCGAUUUAACUUGACUAAGAGUCAACGCGAUAAAUCGAGCUAAAUUAUUCUAAAGUUGAAGUAUUAAUCGACUUUUCAUAGCAGAGAAGUUGUCUCAUUACCCAACAAACCCUGACCUCAACAUUUCAUGGCUAAGUACGGACCAGAAUUUGUAAAUCUCUGACGAAUGCAUAUCCAAGGUUGAAGGAGUUAAAUUUCACCUGGUGCUUGUAUUCUUGCCGUGCGAGGUUCGAAAAAGGUGGUUUAAUCUUAGGUCUCCCAUUGAAAUUAAUUCAAGUAUAUUGAGCUGUAGUCUUAAUAAAGAUUUUUUUUUUUUCAAACCAAAUUUGAAAAGAGAUGAAUCUGGUGUUUGCAUGGCAACAACAGAAUGCCUUCCUCUUCCGUUUGAUUAAAGUUUAAUUAUGGCUCAUUUGCACUUAAGUAAAAAUAAUUGAAAGCCUAGUACGUUCUUAAAAAGGUCAAACCCAUUAGUUCAUAGAUGCUUCGCCAAAUAGCAACUGAGAGUAUAGUAAAACUUGUAGGAAUCAUACUCCCACGGGAUCCUUUCUACUGUUCUUUUGAUAAGUGGUGUCUGCUAAAUACAGCUUUCAUUGAGUAAAUUAGUGUUUUAAAUAAGGAUAAUUGUACUGGCACCCAAUUAAGCACCUUUACCUCAGUAAUCUUAUAAUAAUGUCUAUUAAAAAUGGCAAAAAGUAUUUUGUGAUGAAUCAAGAGCCAGGAUGGGACUCUUUCAAGUUCAUAUAAAUGUGAUGAUGAAGACAAAAUAAAAUGAGACUGGGGAAUGGUGGAAAAGAAAUUCAACAUUAGUAAGAAGCUGCAAAAAAGGUGUUGGCAGAUUAAGCUUUUAUGGGGUCAAUGAACAGGAGGUAUUUUCAAUUAAUGCUUAGGAUGGAUCACUCUGAAGGGAGGAGCUAAGGCAGUGUAUACAAUUUGUAAAAUCCUGCAGAGAUGCUGAAAAUAUUAACAAUUUCAUGGUUGGUUGCCAAAAUGACACUUCAUUACAACAGAAUGUUGACAAGUGAUUUAUGCUGGGCAAACAAUGUGUUUUGAGAAACAUUGUUAGAGAUCUAAUAAUGCUCUGACAGUCACUAUUUUUGUUCAAACUAAAAUAAAAAACUGUUUGUUGCUUCUCUAGUGAACCACAGACAAGUAACAAUGUCCAUCAGAGACAGAUGGAUGUAACACAAAGAAGCCCGAAUGGCAACCUACCAACGGACAGCAGCAGUGAGGGGGAGAAUGGCAACCAAAGAGUUUUACCUCUGGGAAAAUGUAAUAUAAACAAUGAAGAUCUUGGAUCCACUGAUUUAUACAGAAGUAGCUUCUUUCGACCAGGACCUAAACUUCCAGUGACAUUCAACCGUAGUGCUUCAUCAAUUCCCACAAUGCCUCACAGCACAAGUGAUCUAAUAGCUAUUGGAACAAUACCCAUAACAACUCAUAGACAGACUCCAGUGAAACCCAUGUCCAGGUAAGAUUUACUGUACAGAAAAAUUAACGCUACAAAUUGUCUCAGAGUGAAAAAGGUCUCAAGGUGAUAACCUUGUCUUCUUUGUUGGACAGCACCUAAACUUUGUUUAAAUAAUUAGACCAUGGUAUUUACAACCUAGUGAGCAUAGCUGUGACAUGAGCAAUUGGGCAUAAGUGACUAUGGACUGAAUCAAAAUCCUCUGAUAAACUGUGCUUAAUAUUCUGGUGAGGUUCAUAACAUGAUUGAUGGGGUUUUAAAAUCCAAUGUCUACAAUGAAAUUACAUCUCGGUCAUUGAUAUGUUAUGGAAAUGCACAGUAAUGUAGAAAUAAUUUGAGAUCACUCAUUUUUGUGCCAUUACAGUCUUGUUGAGGCAACUUCCAGUUGGACAGAUCAUCAUCCACUUAUAAAAUCAAAUAAGAAGGAAAAGAUUGAGCUCUUGUUAGUUGUCACUGCAGAGGAUUUUAAUGAAUAUUGUAUUUAGUUAUUGCCAACACCUGCACCUUUGUUAUAGGGUAUCAUUCUCACACAAACCAAAACACCAAGGCAACAAGAAUGUGGCAACACAAAUGAUUUAAUGAGAAGAUUACUUCAAUUUUCCUCAGCAGAGCAACAUUUUGGAAUGGAAAAAAUUGUCUAGUUUGCAAACAAAAACACUGACAGAAAAUACAUCAGAUGUUUCGUUGCAACUCAGACAACCUCCUCUUGAGGUCUGGGGCCACUAAAAAGUACACACUUUGAGCAAUCCAUGAAAUUUUCUUCAAAGAUAUGCUAAUUUUUUUAAAUAGAAACUUUCCUUGGCUUUCCAUGAAUGUAAACAAUUACUAAUAAUUUAUUAUUAAUCCAGUGGGUAGUAUUGUCCAUUCUCUCAACAACUUGAUUGAGUAUAAAACAUGCAAUGUGCUUAACACCUCGUUAGUAUUAAUUUUUCUUUAAAUGCUACGUAACCAAAACUUAAACAUUCAAAAUAAAAUUUUCUACUGGUAGAAUCAUUUCACAACCCUGGGGUCAAAGUGUUGUUGAAUCAACUCUCAUUUAAACAAAGAAAAUUAAUUCACUAAAAGUAGACAAAAUAUGAAACCUUAGCUGAAAUAUUUAUACCCUCAGGCAAUAAGUGGUAAUAAAAGUCACACUUGAGCCAUGAUAUGAAAACGUUUUUUCAAGACAUCCACUCUUCCACUGUUUUAAAAGGGUCAGAAUAGCAUCAAGGUUUUAAAAGCGUAGCUUAGCAUAGCUUUUAAAGAGUCUAAUUGCUUCACAUUUAUGAAAGAAUGUUUAGCAUCAGUCAUGUUGUUGACAAACUUUGAUUAACAUUGUAAAAAAUGUGUAAUUAACUUUUCAGAUCUUCAUCUGAAGAGGAAAUUCAACCUCUACAGAAGUCAAAACCAGGAGGAUUGUUAGUUUUAAUUUCUAUAAUUUUAUUUAACAUUGUAUCAAUAUCCUUCAAAAACUUGAGACAAAUGUUCACUGAUAAAAUAAAACGUUAUUAACCAUAACAUUUCUAAAGUAAGCUUCAUUGUAAAACUCAACUUAAAAUUUAACAUCAAAACAAAUCAUUACCUAAUAUUGAUAAUUACUAUGGAACAUGCAAGAAUGUAGGCAUCAAAAUACUAACUACAUUCUGUAUAAAUUUGAAAAUAGAUAAUCAAUUUUGUAAUGAACUAUAGCUGAAGCAAAUUACUGUAAGUCCUAAAAAAAUUUAUUUUGGAAUCUAUGAUCCUACAACUGCACUUGGAAUGUUAUUUUAAAAGUAAGCUAAAUAUUUGAGUCCUACAAAACCUUUUACCUUUGGAAUCAUACAUCUGACCCUCAAGCAAUGAUUUUCACAACUGGAAUAAGUAUUUAUCAAAUACUAAAUGAAUAAUUUUUAACAUUUGUUGGUUUGUUGGCUAAUGUUUCCCUGCAUUUUUAUUUUUUUUAUCUCAGACAGAUGGAGCCAUUAUUUGGAGCAGCCUCUCCAAAAUAUAUCUGUAGAAAAUAGUAAACAACUUAAAUUCUUAUUCUAGUUUUCAUUUGUGGUGUUCUUUAUCUUUUUGUCUACUAGGUGGAAAACGAAGGCAACUUUAAAUCUUAAAGGUGAGAUUACUUGAAACUGUUCCUUAUGACUGCAUCCCGUGGACCAAUAAACAACAACAAAAGGUUUCUAAGGGGACAUUUUAAGGGCUUGUUCUCCCAUCUCAUUUUACUUGAAUGCUACCAAGACUGUAACUUGACAGAACAGAGUCUACAUUAUUUCACAGUACCACUGAACAAAAGAUAUGACCAAACAAACAAUUGUUGUAAAUAGUCUCAGUCUGUGAGACAAGUGUCACACAAUUCUUAACAAACAAAGCACUGUUGAGACGGGAAUUUUUUUUUUGGAUAAAAUACAAAGGUUGUCAAACAUCUAAUCAAACACGAAAAUAUUUCUUUACUUCACAAGUUGAAAGCCUGUGAAUUUUUGUUUGUAUAGGUAGCUCUCUCAAACAUGUUUCAUCUUGGCAAGACUUACUAGGCAUACAUUGUAGCUUCUAUUCAGAGACAACACUUCUUGGGAACCCCAAGGGUUAUUUGGUCAAACAAGUCUUACCCCUUCAACUUUCUGUACUUCAUUCCUCAGGAUGUAAAUAUCAAGACCCCAUGGUGGGUGCAAGUCCAUCUUUCCAGGGGAGAAUCACAGAAAUGGCACAACUAGAAGUGGAAACAAUUAGAUUUGAGAAGACAAAAAAAUCAAAAAAGAAGGCUUCAAGCUCCUAGCUGUGAUUGACAUUAAUUACUUUAUAAACUUCUAUUUAAAUGUUAGUUAAAGUUUUAUAAAUUUUAAUUCCAAACAAUAGAUAAAUGUGUUAAUUCAGUUUUUUUUUUAGUUUAAGACUGUUGUUUUUUUGACAAAACUGAAUACUUCUGCUGUCAUCCUUUCAAGUAAACAGAAGAGAGGAUGGACUUUUUUUUUUUAACCACAAUCUUUUUCCCAACAUACAACUAGUACUUUGAAGUACCACUACAUACAUUUAUAUAUGUCUAUGAUUUGGGAGAAGACACAACGACUUAAAGAUAUAUUUAUGACAAUAUUAUUUAAGCUCCAAGCAUGAUUAAUAUUGUUAAAAAAAACCCUGUGUAAAGAAAGUAAUAUCAAAAAGGAUCAAGUUUGGCAUGCAAGCUAUCUUUACCACUUACAAAUAUGCUGAUAGCAUGGAGAGUGUGAGAAUCUGUGUGAUGAUAGCGAACUCUAAAGGCCAUUAAGAACAUCAUUAAAAACAUCAAGAAUGAGAAUUUUUGUACAAACCACAAGUAUAAGAGUCACCAAGCAAUGCAAUGUAUUCUUGCAAAAUAAGAAUGCUGGAACAAUUAUUUAUUACUCUUAUACACUCUUACGAAGGCAUCCAUACAAGAAAAAACUGUGUGUGAGUCAUAACGCUCCUCUUGGAUUUCUGACAUUCUAUCUUGUAUCUAUGUGAGUAAACCAUCGUUGAUGAUGUAAAAGAUAUUCUGCUUCUAAGUAGAAAACCAACUGACUGGAGGAGUGCUAUGGUUCAUUGUAAAUCCACUCCAGAAUCCUGAUAAGAAAGGCACUGUUUACACUGGGAUAAACAUUUUAACACCUUGUCUUCAUAACUGUGUAAGGUAAAGUUUGUCUCACAACCAAUUUAAUGUUAAUUUAUGUUAUUCUCAUAAACAUCAUUGUUAUUAAAAAUUUUACGAU